CUUUGCUUUCGGUUUGUGUUUAAUUAGUGGUGUAUGGUAUGAUAAAAUCAUCUUUAUUAUAAAUCUCUACUUCUUACUUCUUUCAAAUUUUCAUAUCAUCGAAUAUUUUUUGUUCACCUUGCUAUUUUUUUUUUUUACAUAACAAUUAAGAAAUUAACUUUAUUACCUCCGAUUCAAUAUGUUGUGCAGUGCAAAAUUUAUGAACUUAGAUACGUCUGUAGAUUUAGCUCUUAAAAUACUAAAUUGUUCUAAAUAUUCUGAUACUUCAAGUGUAGAUGCUCUUAAUUUAUUUCAUUACAAACCCGAAAGUAGUUAUUUUCUUGAGGAUCCCAAAUGCGAUCUUAGAAACACCAUCUGUGAUUUAUACAAACGAAAUAUUGAUGCCAGUGUUGCAAGUUUACUCAAUCCAUUUGUUCAUGCUGCAUUUGCUCCUGUUAAAGUUGUGAAAGGAAAUAAUGUUUGUUGUAGAUGUGACAAAACUUUUACUGUACGGAUCUGCCAGUAUCGAAUUGUACCUCCUAAUUGUGUACAGUUCGCAAGAAAAAUUGUUGGGAAAAAAUUUACUGAUCAUCCGUCUGUAAAUCAUCUAAAUCUCAUAGACUAUGCUGAUAAAGUUUAUGAUUUUUUUCCGAGCGUAGAUACAAGGUUUUACAACAAAGAUAUUUAUGGAUUAUAUCUUCCUCUUAUUGUGAAAGAUAUUAAACAUUUACAUGAAAAAUCGCUACCUACAAUAUUGCCAAAAUUUAUCACUGCAUUGAAGUUGCUGGACAUGGAAGAAAUUUCUGCAGUUUCACUAAAUUUUUAUUUUCUUAUCAUUGAUACCAUCCUAGAAAAAAGGUAUGACCAACCUAAUUUAUUAGUGAAAAUAUGGAAAUCUGCAUUGAUGUCUGACCGAUUCAUGGUAUGUGUUUUUGAGAGGAUAACUGAUCAUCUUCCUGAUAGAAGCACUGAAAAAUUAAAGUGGGUGCUUAUCAUGGCCAAUUUUCUACAGUUUGAUUUUUAUGGUGCAUGGGUACGAGGACAUAAGUUGCGUAACUUUUCUAACUGUCCAAUAUCAUCCACUAUGAUAUCAGGAAAUUUUAAAGAAAUGAAAACUCUUUUAGAUAAUGGCUUUCUGAAGAAUUCUAAGUUCCUUUCAAGCUACCAUGUUCUUUUAAGGUGUCUGUCACGUCUUGAUAGUCACCUUGCUCGUCCUUUAGAACGAUCUCCAAUAGGUCGAAUGCCUAUUGUGCGUGAAGUGUUGAUAUUUCUUAUUGUUAGGUAUCUUCAGAGAGAUGAUAAAAUGCGUGCAGAGCUAGAUAAAUGCUUCUAUCUUCUUUGGUCUUCAAUUCCUGAUCCAACAGUCACAAAACAACAACUUGAAGAGGAAAAAAGACUUUUGUUCCAAAGAGCCCCAGAGAAUCUACCAACAGCUGCAUUGAAAUUUGAAAUGGAGGUGAUUGUGAAUACGUAUGAUCAUAUGCUUUUUGGAACAGAUAAAACUCCCCGUACUCUUUCUCAUUUAUGCAGAUGUUUUAUUCGAAGAUCAUUAACACUUGCAGGUACUCUUCCUCAUGGUGUAAUACAACUUCGGAUUCCCAAGAAUCUCCAAUCUUAUUUGCUUCUUACAAUUCCUGAAGACUUCUAAUAGCAAGAGUCAUCUGAGGAAUCACAAAGACAGAUUCAUCAUGCAAAACAAUUGUUAAAAAAUACCUUCUUUUUUUGUAAAUAUUUGCAUGCGUCACAGUUAGUGCUUGAUUUGAUAUAAUAUUGUUCAGUAUUGAUAGCAAACAUAUAAUUCAUGUAUUAUCAUUGAUUUAUUUGAUUGCUUGUUUUAUGAAGCAGAUAAAGUAAGCAGGUGAAAUAUGAAAACAUUAUAGCUAAAUAAUAACAAAAUACUUUGAAAAAAAGAAAAGAAAGAAUCUUUAUUAUAUCUGAUUCUUAUACUGUAUAAUAUAUUGCAAAUUAUAAAAUACCUUUCUUGUACCAAACUUUUUGCAGUGUGUUUCAAUAUGAACAGUAACUUCAAACAACCUAUAUUAUCUAAGCAUACUUUUUCUUUAUGUAUUUUUUUGCAUUGAGUAUGUAAUAUAUGUAUUUGUAUAUGUGUGUGAGCAUUGUUUCAAUUUGUGCUUAAGCAAUGCUAUGAUUUUUAAUAGAAUAGUUAAACUAGCUACUUCACAGUAUUGUGAUAUACAUGUUUGAUUUUUAAACCACUAAAAAAAUUGUUUUUGUUUUUUCUUAUAAUUUAUACUUAAAUUGGCUUAUUACUUUCUUUAUGGUUUAUUAUGUCCAGAAUUCAGAAGAUGUCUAGCCCAUCUCCAGAUGUAAUUAUGUGACAUAUAUAUAAAAAAUUACAAUAAUGCACAAUAGAUCAUUUGAAAACUACCAUUAAAAAUUAUUCUGAGUUUUAGAGUACUUUUUGAUUUAAAAAAAAAAAUCCUUCUCUAUUAUAUCUUAUAGAAAAAGUUUUGAUUUUUCGUACUUGUCAUGUGUAUUAAAAAUGGUAUUUGUAUUUAAUAAAU